ACCAGCCGUCUAGGUAGGGGUGUAUUUUGUUCUGGUGUCAGAUCUGUUUGUGACGCAGUGAUUUGAGGUGACAGUAUUAAGGAUUAAGCUCAUGGCUAAACAAAGGAGGCAGAAGGGGGCGAGUGCUAUUUCUCUCCGUGAAGACGUUAAUACGCCGGUUGUUAAAAUUAGAGUCCCACUUUAAAAUGGUGUAGCCUGGAAUCUUGUCACGUGAUUUUGUUCCAAGAUGGCUGCGGUGGCGUCUGGGCUGGCGGCUGAGGCGGACGAAUUCGAGGAUGCGCCUGAUGUAGAGCCUCUGGAGCCGACGCUGAGCAACAUUAUUGAGCAACGAAGCCUGAAGUGGAUUUUCGUUGGUGGGAAGGGCGGCGUGGGCAAAACUACUUGCAGUUGUAGCUUAGCUGUACAGCUCUCCAAGGUACGCGAGAGUGUCCUCAUCAUCUCUACUGAUCCUGCUCAUAACAUCUCAGAUGCCUUUGACCAGAAAUUUUCCAAGGUUCCUACCAAAGUAAAGGGCUAUGAUAACCUUUUUGCCAUGGAGAUUGAUCCCAGCUUGGGUGUGGCUGAGCUUCCAGAUGAAUUUUUUGAGGAGGAUAACAUGCUAAGUAUGGGCAAGAAGAUGAUGCAAGAGGCAAUGAGUGCCUUUCCUGGUAUUGAUGAGGCAAUGAGCUAUGCUGAAGUGAUGAGGUUGGUGAAAGGAAUGAAUUUUUCCGUGGUGGUGUUUGACACAGCACCCACAGGACACACACUACGGCUGCUCAAUUUCCCCACAAUAGUGGAGCGGGGGCUCGGUCGGCUGAUGCAAAUAAAGAACCAAAUCAGUCCCUUCAUAUCCCAGAUGUGUAACAUGCUUGGCCUAGGAGACAUGAAUGCUGACCAGCUGGCCUCCAAACUGGAAGAAACACUCCCUGUCAUCCGUUCUGUCAGUGAGCAGUUCAAGGAUCCAGAACAAACCACUUUCAUCUGUGUUUGCAUUGCGGAGUUUCUAUCCCUGUAUGAAACAGAACGGCUUAUCCAGGAGUUGGCCAAAUGCAAAAUUGACACCCACAACAUCAUAGUCAAUCAGCUGGUCUUUCCUGACCCUGACAAGCCCUGCAAGAUGUGUGAGGCCCGGCAUAAAAUCCAGUCUAAAUAUCUUGACCAGAUGGAAGACCUUUAUGAAGACUUUCAUAUUGUAAAGUUGCCACUUUUACCCCAUGAAGUGCGAGGAGCUGAUAAAGUCAAUACCUUUUCAAGUCUUCUACUGGAGCCCUAUAAACCACCCAGUACAAAAUGAACCCCUAUGGAUUGACUCCCCCUAAUUGCCCCCUCUACCAUUCCAUGCCUGCUGUUCCCUAUUCUUUUCCUGAUGGAAUUCCAUCUUUUCCACUGGCUUCUCAUCUGUUGAAAUUGUAUGACCGACAGUCUUGUGGUGGAGCUAGAAGAAGCAGAAUUGGCAUUCUCACUUAUUUCUACUCUGACACACUGAUUAUUUAAUUCCUUGGGACAUCUCAAAACCAGAUACAAUAUUGAAUCCAUUCUUCUCACUGACCAACUACCUAACUUAAAUGUGUGUCAUUUUUUUUUUGUUUAUUUCUCUGUCACUUGCUUUCUCUUUGGAUCAUAUCUCCUGGGGCUAAUGUCAUUCUGGUUGAGGUGCCAGUCAAGUGCUGUGAUGAUGAUAAAGAAGCUGUCAGUUCAUUUACAACAUCAGGGUCAUCAGUGCUAAUGAGAAGUAUGUAAAUAAAUUGUAAGGGAAAUAAUUUCACUGCUUCUUGUCACUCAAACUGUCAGAUUGAUUUAUAUUGGGAAUUGUCAGAGGAACUUGAGGCAAAACUUGGAAGUUAUUUGACGAGGGGAUGCUUGCUUUUAGGGGAGUAUAAAGCCACUGAGAAAAUCAUCUGCUUAAAUUAUUUGCUUGCUUAAGGUUACAAAAGCAUUAACAAUGAGGACUUUAUAUUUCUUAACAGCUUUCUGACUCUGGAAAGCAUAAGUGUGGAAAACUGGGACUGAAAAAUGGGAAAGGGAAUAGAAGCUUGGAGUUUAACAGAUUAUAGGUAGUUAAAAUCUUUGGGUAUAUGUACAGGUCAUUUUCUAGUCCCCUUGGGUGCCCAUUCCUUCAAUCAACAAAAAC